AUGCAAGAGUAGAAGUCACAUUUGAAAAUCAUAUCAGCCAAACAUCUCCACCCCACCUUAUCUCUACACUCCAAUUUCUCCCCUCUACAAUCUUCAAAAACAAUUUUCAUCUUUCCAAAUUCUAAACCACACAAAAUACACUCACACACUUCACAUCCAUCACUUUCUUUCUCCCUUAUCUAUACCACUACAUCACAAUUGCCCCAUAAUUCUGCCCUCAUUUUCUCUCCAAAGGAUUUUUUUUGGUCCAAUCAACCAAUGGCUACCGCAUCGGCAACGAUAUCUCCGGCGACAGUUCCGGCCACCGUCGUAAGCCCCGGCCGAUCUCCCCAGAGGAGAACCACAGUUAAGUACGUCAAUGGAUUGAACUCAUUCGAUGGGCUCAAGGCUCAUAACAAUGUAGCCUCAUUGGGCCUUCCUGUUUGCACCGAGCAAUCCUUCGCAAAUAUCGUUAGCUCAUUGAAACAGCCGUCGCAGGGCAGAAGCGGUGGCGCUCUUACCUCCACCUGCAAUGCUGUGGCUGAGAUCUUCAAGAUUGCUGCCAUUAUGCCCGGCCUUGUUCUCGUCGGAGUUGCCGUUGGAUUCGUUCUCCUUCGGCUCGAGGCGUCCUUGGAGGAAGAAUGAAGGUCUUCAACUAUUGGUUGGUUAAUAGUAUUGUGUAUGAUUCAAAAGAAAAAUACUGUGCAUUUUUGUUUCCUCGUCCCCUCAAAUUCUCUUUUGAAUUUAGAAUUCAUUUAAGAUUUUGCUAUAUAAAUUGAAGUGGUAAAUUUUGUUUCUUGCA